CUAAAUCUAUAAAAAAUAGCUAGUUUGAUAAAAAUAUAUUCAAGUUGACCUUUGAAGUUUGAACUAGUAGUCAUUAUUAAUCAAGGCGCUAGGCGCUACUGGGGGCAGCGGAUAGCUAGAAUGUCUGAAAAAUACAAUUACAUUGAAAAGAAUAAUGAGAUGGAUGCUUGGCCAAGAAGCUGAGAACACGCCACCCAUGGUAUUGGAUGCUGGUUUCUUGUAUAUGUGAUAAACACCAAAACCUUCUCUGAUGGAGCCUUUGACCUUGGAUACAUAGAAUUCAAGUAUAAAAGCACUGGUCCUGGAUAGCUCAAGAGGGUGGAUAGCUCAAGAGGGAGCUCAGUUCUUCACAAGUAAGCUGAAAUCGUCAGCAGAGCAAUUGCUAAAUAAUCGAAGACCGAAUAAAGUGACUGUCAAGAUUUUUUCAAGGCGUACAUCAAAAUGGGAAAAUUGGUGGCAGCAAUAGGUAAAUUGCUCUGCUGUGUACAAGUUGACCAGUCAACAGUAGGCAUCAAGGAAAGAUUUGGGAAAUAUGAGGAGGUGCUUGAUCCUGGAUGUCACUGCGUGCCAUGGAUUAUUGGAAGCCGUGUUGCUGGUGAGCUUACACUAAGGCUUAGGCAGCUAGAUGUACGUUGUGAGACAAAGACAAAGGACAAUGUUUUUGUUACGGUUGUUGCAUCCAUUCAAUAUCGAGCAAUGGAGGACAAAGCAAGCGAUGCAUACUACAAGCUGAGCAACCCAAAAUCCCAAAUCCAAUCUUAUGUCUUUGAUGUUAUCAGGGCAAGUAUUCCCAAACUAGAAUUGGACGAUGCUUUUCUGCAAAAGAAUGAAAUAGCAAGAGCUGUGGAGGAGGAGCUUGAGAAGGCAAUGCUAGCUUAUGGUUAUGAGAUUGUGCAAACACUGAUUGUUGACAUAGAACCAGAUGAGAAAGUUAAGAGGGCGAUGAACGAAAUUAAUGCUGCUGCAAGGCUACGUGUUGCAGCAAAUGAGAAGGCAGAGGCAGAGAAGAUCAUUCAGAUCAAGAGGGCCGAGGGAGAGGCUGAAGCCAAGUAUCUGUCUGGGCUUGGUAUUGCAAGGCAGCGGCAGGCUAUAGUUGAUGGGCUAAGAGACAGUGUACUUGGCUUCUCUGGCAAUGUUCCUGGGACUUCAGCUAAGGAUGUGAUGGAUUUAGUCCUGCUGACGCAGUACUUUGACACUAUGAAAGAGAUCGGUUCAACAUCCAAAUCUUCAGCAAUUUUCCUCCCUCAUGGCCCUGGUGCUGUUGCAGAUAUUGCCAGUCAGAUCCGUGAUGGAUGUCUUCAGGCUCAUCAAACAAAGUGAAAAAUCCAAGGAAGCAGUAACUUGGAUUGGUGAGGGCCUUUCCACUGGUUUGUAUGUGCUUGAGGAUAUUGUGUGAGGUUGUAAAAAUAGUAUCAAGCUUGUAGAAUAGUUUGUGCUUAAUGUAGAUCAGGUAUUCUCUGGGAUAGGUUCCAAUCCAUACGGAAUGAAGAAUGUGUGCUUUACAUGAAUCUAGUUGAUGGUUGUGGUGUGCUUACAUACAGUAUGCUGCAUGUGUGCUGUGAGAAAAAUAAUGUUGUCAGCCUGUAUAUCCUCAAUAUAUAGCCUUGAUUGCGGAAUUUGGUCA